AUGACAGAUUUCAGUGUGGAAGGCUGCAUUGACCUCCCCCCAGACUCACCUCUAAUGCGGAGCCAUGUUUCGGUCUUUGAGACGCGUCCAGCAGUUUAACUGCAACCUCCUGACUUCACAAAGACUCGGAGUGAACUCCAAACUCCGCAUCUGCACGUCCACGAUGUCCGCCUCCGAGUUCAGGAUCGAGCGGGACACGUUCGGGGAGCUGAAGGUCCCCGCUGACAAGUACUACGGAGCUCAGACUGUCAGAUCCACCCUGAACUUCAAGAUCGGGGGACCCAGUGAGAGGAUGCCGCUGCCGGUCAUCAAGGCGUUCGGGAUCCUGAAGAAAGCAGCCGCGGAGGUGAACAAAGACUACGGCCUGGACCCAAAAAUAGCAGAUGCUAUUGUCCAGGCUGCAGACGAGGUUGCAGCAGGUAAACUGGACGAUCAUUUCCCUCUGGUGGUGUGGCAGACCGGCUCAGGAACCCAGACCAACAUGAACGUCAAUGAGGUGAUCAGCAACAGAGCCAUCGAGAUCCUGGGAGGCAAACUGGGCUCCAAGGAUCCGGUCCACCCCAACGACCACGUCAACAAGAGCCAGAGCUCCAACGACACCUUCCCCACCGCCAUGCACAUCGCCGCUGCCACAGAGGUCCACCAGGUCCUGCUACCCGGCCUCCAGACCCUCCACGAUGCUCUGGCCGCCAAAGCCGAAGAGUUCAAAGACAUCAUCAAGAUUGGGCGAACCCACACCCAGGAUGCCGUCCCGCUGUCGCUGGGGCAGGAGUUCAGCGGCUACGUCCAGCAGGUCAAGUACAGCAUCGAGAGGGUGAAGGCCGCCAUGCCCAGGGUGUACGAGCUGGCAGCAGGAGGAACCGCAGUGGGGACGGGACUCAACACCCGCAUUGGGUUUGCCGAGAAAGUUGCUUCUACAGUCGCUUCCCUCACAGGUCUUCCCUUCGUCACAGCACCCAACAAGUUCGAAGCUCUGGCUGCUCACGACGCCCUGGUGGAGCUGAGCGGGGCCCUGAACACGGUGGCCGUCAGCAUGAUGAAGAUCGCCAACGACAUCCGCUUCCUGGGGUCAGGACCUCGCUCCGGCCUCGGGGAGCUCAUCCUACCCGAGAACGAACCGGGCAGCAGCAUCAUGCCGGGCAAAGUGAACCCGACCCAGUGCGAGGCCAUGACCAUGGUGGCGGCCCAGGUGAUGGGGAACCACGUGGCCGUGACCAUCGGAGGCAGCAACGGACACUUUGAGCUCAACGUCUUCAAACCCAUGAUGGUGAAGAACGUGCUGAACUCAGCGCGGCUGCUGGGUGACGCCUCCGUCUCCUUCACCAACAACUGCGUGGUGGGCAUCGAGGCCAACACCGAGAGGAUCAACAAGCUCAUGAACGAGUCGCUCAUGCUGGUCACCGCCCUCAACCCGCACAUCGGCUACGACAAGGCCGCCACCAUCGCCAAGACGGCCCACAAGAAGGGCUCCACGCUGAAGGCCGUGGCCGUGGAGCUCGGAUACCUGACCGAGGAGCAGUUCGACCAGUGGGUGAAGCCAAGCGAGAUGCUGGGGCCAAAGUGAACUCUGAAACACUACCAAACAUAGAAAACACACUUUUCCAGCGCCAGAAAAGAGUUUACUAUGAAAUCAAAGCAGUUGAACUGUUGGAGAACAUUUUCUGAAUCCUGAACAUCUCUGAAUAAAAGUUUAUGUCAACCUGC